AUGAAUAUAACGAGUAUAUUUAACGGAACAAAUCUAUUAACUGCAAUAAUUCUGAUGCUAUAUAAUAUUAAUGCUUUAGUGACGAAUAAUGGCAUACUUCCACCACCUAACAUCGAUUUCAUUAAUGAAACAAUGGUCCGCGCGAGUCUUUCAGUGAAAGAGGCAUUACCAUCCAAUGAAGCAACGUUAAUACCUCUUGGUUAUAAGUUUGUUAUACAUAAAAUAGAAGAUAAUAUUUCUUAUCCAGAAUUGAAAACUAUGGGAAACUAUACCAAAAUAUUUGAUAAUAUUUCAAUGAUGAUUGGAUAUACCAACGAUUUGGAGCCUGGCACUAUUUAUAAGAUUUUUUACAUAUUAUCAAACAUCAAUGACAACGUAUUUAUAGUCAGUGAUUCGAAGAAUUUUACAACUCGUUGCAUUCCAACUGUCAACUUUCACGUAAAAAUAAAAACUACUAGUUUAAUAUUGACGAAGGAUCAAGAAGAAUCCUUGUAUUCUUGUCCAAGUAACUGGUACGACUUCGUGUUUGAGAAUCUGGAAACAGGCGUUCAAAUUAACAAAGGAAGGUUAAUUAAACUGCCAUACGAAUUUACAAAUCUCAUACCUUAUACCUUAUAUAAAAUUACAAUCAGCAAAGGAGCAAUGAUAUUAUUAUUCUCACAAAAAGUUCGAACCCUUCACGAAGUGCCAUCGGAAAUAAGGAAUUUCAGAAUGACACUGACAUCGUCGAAAAUCAAUUUGCAGUGGGAUGCUCCUUUGUAUCUGAAUGGAAUCAUACAAAAAUACGAAGUUGUAUUACAGGUUCGAACACAUCUUGGUUGUGAAAAUUUAAAAAUUGAUCCAAAGAAAAAUAUUACUAAUUACCUUUCAACUGCGACCACCAAUACCACAUUUUCAAACUUAAUUCCUUAUGCGCAUUACGUUGGAAAAAUUGCCGCCUGCACCUCUUUUUGUGGACUUGAGAAACAAAUUGAGUUCACUACAAAACAAACAGAUACUCCAACCGCAAUAUAUAAUAAUUUAAGAUUUCAAAAUUACACAUUGACGUGGGACGCGCCUAAAGAUUGCUCCACAAUUUCUGGACCUAUAAUUGCAAGAAUCGUUGUCACCGGUAUUAGCAAAGCGGUGAAAAAUUUUAGCAUCACAAUGCAAACUGCAGAAUAUUCUUACUAUUUGAACGAUGUGCUAUAUGGCGCUGAAAUAUACGAAGCACGAAUUUACGCCAUCAGAAGUUAUACCGAAAAGCACAAUGAAUCGCGAUAUGAAAAGCUAAUAUUCAUUACUCCUCCGAAAGAACCACCUCCUGUGAAGAACUUGGAGAUUUAUGAAAUCGACUUGCAAUCGAUGAGAGUACACUUCAGAUGGCAAAAACCAGAACCACCUGUCAACGGAGAAAUAAAAUAUUACGUAGUGAAAAGUUGUUUUUCGGGUUGUGAGGUUAUAUCGAAGAUACGAGCAACCGAGUACUGCCAAUUAUGGGAUAAAUAUAUCUGCGCGAAUGUUGAACAUCCAGUCAAAGAAAUCAAGAUAUAUCCUGAGAACGUAAACGUGUCAACGUUUAAUGCUUCAUCGACCGCAUUGCAAAUUAUUUGGGCGAAAAUGAAGCCACAGGCGCCGGAAAUUUUUAUCACCGAGGCUCUCGAAAAAGGAAUGGUAAAUCUAACAUGGUCUCACCCUUGGAAAACGGGUGGACAUCUCCAGAAAUUCGUGAUAAGGGCAGAAAUGAUAUCGUCGCGUCUCAAAAUGCAAAUUUCACAGUCACAGAAACGCACGCUUUACGAAUAUCGAGUUGAAGAAUAUCAAUCGCGAUACAGUACAAAAUUACACUUAUUGUCCUCGUCCAUUUAUGAAAUUUCCAUUCGAGCAGUGACAAAUACCGGAUUAUACGGGGAGGAGAAAAUUGCAGAAGUGAGGACGCUUUUGGCAAUGGCAUUCGAGAAAGAGUUAACAAUGGAAAUGCGCGAUUCAGACUCGACGAUCUUGUUGCACAUCCCUCCCAUUCUGAACGACACGAAAAACAGUGUAACAAAUGUUGUUGUAAAAGGUAGCCAAGCUUGCCAGAAUUACACGGAAUUGAACCCCUAUCUACGCGAGAAAGUGGGUAUCAAAUAUUAUGAGAUCGCGUGGUGUGCAGCCAAGUUUCCCACUGACAUGUUUGCCGAUAAAACAUUCACAAUAGGCGAUAACAAGAUUUACGGUAAUGCCACGAAUUGCGCGCUAAAACCGGCCGAGUCCUACGCAAUAAUGAUAGUAUUAAUCGAAGAAGAAUCUAUCAUCAAGGAUCAGAUCAUAAUCGUGGAGAUAACAUCAAUUCGCGUUGGCAAAGUGUCGAAACGAUACGACGAAAUUUGGAUCGUUCCUAUCGCGAUAUUUCUUAUCGGAGGAGCUCUUAUAGGAGCUCUAGUUUUUUACUUUUAUCAAAGAAAGCAAAGAAGAUCUUUGGAAAAGAUUACGCUACAAGAUUUGGUUCAUCUUGAAACAGAAUCGAUAUCGUCGAGUUCUAAACAAUUUUUAAAUGUCACUACUGCCUCGUCCGAUAAAAAGUUUCUAUCAUGUGAGAAUACCACUUACAACGGAGACGCAUUAUGCAUUAAUGAUGUUAAUCAACGAGAAGGAGGAAUGUCAGUUGUAAAAGUGAAAGACUUGGAGAAAUACGUAAAGCAUGCAAUCGAGUCUGGAUUACUCGAUAGACAGUAUAAUACCCUUCCACGAGGACAAACGAAACCAUGGGAAUACGGAAAGUUAGAACAAAACAGACCAAAGAAUAGAUAUGGAAAUCUCAUAGCCUACGAUGAAAAUCGUGUGAUACUAGAGAAACUUCCGGAUGAUCCUUAUUCAGAUUAUAUUAACGCUACUUAUAUCAAGGGCUAUAAAAAGGAGAAAUUUUACAUAGCUACGCAAGGUCCAAAAGCUAAUACGAUCAUCGAUUUUUGGAGAAUGAUCUGGCAAGAAGAAAGUUACAUCAUUUGCAUGGUUGCGAAAUUAAUUGAAGAUGGAAAGACAAAAUGCGAACAAUAUUGGCCUGAUAUUGGAAAAAAGAAAAGAUACGGAGAUAUCAUUGUUUUCAAUGCGAAACAUGCCGUGUUUGCAGAUUUUACGUUUCGUACUUUACAUGUGACGUAUGGAGACGAAGCUCGAAAAAUCGAGCAUUUACACUACACUGCAUGGCCAGAUCAUGGCGCACCGUUGUUCACGCAUUCUGUGGUAACGUAUUUAAAGAAACUCUUGGCAACACCACCCGGAAGUGGACCAGUCGUGGUCCACUGCAGUGCAGGUGUUGGGAGAACUGGAAUUGUAAUUUUAUGUGACAUUUGCCUUCGACGCGCCGCGGCAGAAGGGGCAAUAAACGUGUUCUCCGAAACUCAAGCAAUUAGAAAUCAAAGGAUUAAUAUGAUAGAUAAUAAACAACAGUAUCUAUUUGCACAUUUAACGCUACUAGAAUGUUUACUUUUUCUUCCAACAUCUUUACCAUAUAAUAAAGAUCUAUCGAUCAAUAUUAUAGAGCUUAAAGAACAAUUGAUGAUUCAACGAGACAGUCUAGAAAAAAUGACCUGGCACGAUGAAGUUCUUCGAUUAUCGAUCAAUCAAAUAUCUCUAUCAAAACGCAACCUUGUUAAAAACAGAUUUCCAGAAUUAAUAUUAGCGAAUGCAGGCAGAGUAUAUUUAAAAAGAUAUCCGUCGACAGACGAAGACAGCGAUUAUAUAUCCGCUGUUUACGUAGAUGGUGUAAAAUUACAGAAUCAGUAUAUAGCAACACAAUUACCAUUACCUGAAACAUUUAGCGAUUUCUGGAGAAUGAUUGCUGAGUAUAAAGUGGAACUUAUCAUUAUGUUACAAUUACCAGAUUUAAAAGAUGCGACGUGUUGUCCUAUUGUUCCAAAGAGAGAAUUUAAACCAGUACCAUAUAUAAAUGUUCGAACGAAAGAAUUCGCAACAUUUGAAUACUAUACGUUAGAGAAACUGAUAAUCGUCGAUAAUUCAGAGAAACCUGCUACAGAACAAUACGUAACAAUUUUAUGUUCCACGGAAUGGAAAACUGGUAAAAAUCAAGAUUUACCUGCGACUAUAUCGUUAGUAACAUUAUGGCAAUCAGCACAAAAAAUUCUGAAAGAAGACAGUCCUAUCGUCGUUGUCUGCCACGAUGGUGUAACUGGCUGUGGACUUUAUUUAGCCUUAAAUUUUCUUUUGGAGAGAAUGAUUAUAGAAAAAGAAUGCGAUGUUUGCUUUGCAAUUCGCGCGAUAAGAAAAUCAAGGCCUGAUUUUAUCACAUCUUUGGAACACAUGGAAUAUCUAUAUGAUGCAAUCAUAACGUAUUUAAAAUAUUUCGAAACUUAUGCAAAUUGCACAUAAAUAAUCUCAUUAAUUAUUAUUUGAUUAAUUAACUGACUUGUUACAUAAACUUGAUUCGAAUAAUUUCAACAGACUAACAAUCAUGAUUGCUUUCUAUCAUAUAUAUCGUUCGAGAUAUAAAUUAUAUCGUUACGUAAUUAGUUAUUAAUAAUUAGUUAUUAAUAAUAAUACGUAAUUAGUUAUUAAGAAUUUCUCUCUUUUCAAUUUUCAUAUUUUUUUCUUAUUUUUCUAUGUUCAAAGAAAAUGAUCGAAUAUUAUCGUAAUAUAUCGCGAUGUAUACAUAUAUAUGAUCUCAUCAUUUUCUUUAUAAAAAAGUGUUUACGUAAAUAAUUGUUUGUAGAAAUUAAUAUAAAAAUUUCGUAGUAAAAUUAAAAUAUUUAUUUCAACAAACACACGAAAAGAAAAAUAAUAGAUAACUAUUUAAAAUGUACUUACAAAUUUGAAGAAUAAAAAUUAUAACUGUCACGAGGUAAAACUAAUCUGCAAAAUAAAUUGAUGACGUCAUCAUGCACGUUUUCGCGCCAAAUUUUAGCUGCUCGAAUCGUUCUCUUUCGUCGAUAUUAAAACACCAUCAAACAUAAUAUUUGAACUAAACAAUAGAACAAGAUAUUUUUAGCUUCUUUUCAAUUUCAAAAAUUACACUUAGAACAUCUUAUUUCAACGAAAACACUAUUUCAUAACCAAAACAUCGAAUCUUUGUAAUACGCAUAAUAUGUAUAAACAAAAAACCGUUAGAAAUAACUUACAUUUUAUGUAGAAUAUAUCGAAUUUAUUGCAAUAUCAGCAAAGGCCAUUAUUUCUUUGUCUUGACGAUAAUAUUAGGUAACUAGUUCGAUAUGUUAUUAAUAGAAAUAAAAGAUGUUUAAGGGAAAAAAAAGGAAAAAACGAAGGACCGUAGUGUGGUCACGCUUCCCUUCCUCCAGUCGAGAGUUUACACUAAUGACCGACAGAGUGUGCAUCAGUAGCGUCGAUAACUCGUAAUCGCGAAAGGUAUCGUUCUCCUGUAAACGUCCAUCUCUACGGAUAUUUUCACGUGUGUUUUGUGCUAUUUGUGAAUCGUAGUUUGAGUGUAAAGCAUCGAAAGGUGUGAUUGACAAGAAUCUACUCGUUUAUAGUUGAGGAAAAGAAUCAAACCGAAAAGAGACGUUGAAACGUGCUUUCUCACAGCAGCAGGUUCUGCUUCUACGAUAUUAAUUUAACUCAUCAUCAUUUUCUGGGACGAAGUUUAACGAAGUUACGAACAACAGGCUGAAAGUUUAAGGAUCGCUGUCACAGAGCAGAGUUUGGAAGUUCAUUCGGCGAAAAACGGAAAAACAGAAUCGUAACAGAAUCGUCUGUUCGUCUAAUCCUCCAGAAUUUCUGCUCGAAUACACUUUCGCGAGAAUAACUGCGAGAAACUUUUAUUAACGGCUAACAAUUGUUGCACGUCCUUCGUUGCACUGUCUCUGGCACGUGGCUAUAAUAAUAACGUAACGAGGAGGCGCAUCCUCUCACCUCUUCUUCACGUUAGUCGCUUGUCCGGCCUGAGAUCGACUCGAAAAACUUCUUUUUCCAUUUUUUUUUGCCAUCUCAUCGGAGAGAAUUAGUAACGAAAACAUACUCCGCAAAGUUCGAGAUAACGGCUCGCAAAAUAAUUAAUCCACGUGGCAAACGAGCAUCUUUUACGACGCAACUGCUCGUCAAAUUGAUGUAAACGUCGUCAUCGUGAUCUCGAAAUAGCGACGAAGACACGAGCGAGGCACUGGAUCGUCGUGGAUAACGACGAUUAGAAAUCAAGCCUGGAUUAUUCGAAAAAGUAGAAGGAUAUUGGAUAGAUCGAUAUAAAAAAGGAAAGCGGAAGAGAUCAGGUAUUGAUCGAGGUUCAGCGGUGUCGAUCAAAUUCGGGACGAUUUUACGAGGUAAACCAAGUCACAUUUUGCUCAUCAACACUGAGUGGUUCCAAUUGACGGUCGGGUCGACCCUCCAGCGUAGACACUAUUGGUCAGCCUUUUAAUACAGGCAGUCGCGAUUGGAUCAGAUCGUUCUUAGACAGAAGGCAUCGCUGGAGCAUUCGGUUCAAAACUUUUAACGUCGUCAGUGUCGCGCAAUUUGCUGCCCGUCGUCGUACGCAAGGGUCACACAGAUCCAAGAGACAUUCGCGCAUCCAGUUUGUCUCAGUCGGUUUAAGUCGGUCAACGAUUGCGCCGACAGCUUAUAAAAGAUAAUCAACCAGAACAAUACAGAAGGAAACAAUUGCAUCAGGAAGUCGAACCGUUUCGUGCUCUGCUUACUUGUUUCGAAAGAAGAUAUUUGUUUGUCAUCUCUAUUCUCAAAUCGUGUUGGAAGAGGGGAAAAAAGGAAAGGAAGAAAAGGACAAUCGAAGGAAAUAAUCGAAUCCAACGUUUGAUAACUCGUAUCGCAAACAACAUCGUCCAAAGUUUCGAUUGACCGGUUGAAUGGCUCAUAUUUAUUGGCUCUUACUCUUUGAAAGAUCUUGAUCGUUACGUUACACUGCCUACUAUUUGGGAAAGAAAGGGAAUCGAGCCUAGAGGGAGAUUCGUGUUUUUUCAAUAGUACACGACCAAGAAGACAUUUCUGGCCGACUUCUCCGUAAGAUUCGACUUUCCUAGCGUGGAAAGAAGUUUGAGGAACAUCGAGGAACGAAACAAAUCCCAUUUGGUUUUACGCCACGAAGCCUCGUUUUUCCCCCUUCUGGAUCAGGUUUAUCUUUCCGUCGGCAUCAUGGAACGAAGGAUCCUGAAAAUGUGGUGACGACGUGAUAGGCGAAGGCCUUCGAUUAUCGAGACACUAUCAAGUGGUGUGAGCCAUAGUCGUUAGAAAGAAAAUCGAGAUAUAUUUUUACGUGUCCAGUGACACCCCCCAGUUAAGAGCGACAAUCGUUUUUAACGUAUAAUACAUAUAUAUAUAUAUAUAAAAAAAAAAAAAAAAGAAA